UACGACGAAGCUAGUUGCUGAACACAGAGCUGGAAUGGCGCUUCCGGUCUUGUUGUAAACAAACCAUCGGCCGGACUCUUUAUGGACGUAGCGGGGUCGGCGGAGGACUCCCAGUUGUUUGAGCUCCAGUAGCUGCGAUAGUGAAUACCGGAGCAUGGCGUUGUGACCCUUCGAGGCAUGGACUCCAGUAGAUCCCUGGUCUACAUGGUCUGCAACAUUGCUUAGGUAGGUGGUACGUGUCACAAUAACAUCCACAUGGAUGACAGGACCGAAGGUUUCCCAGCAUAACAUUUCCCAAAGCAUGACACUGCCUCCGCCAGCUUGCCUUCUUCCCAUAGUGCAUUCUUGGGCCAUGUGUUCUCCAGGUAAGCGACGCACACACGCGGUCAUCCACGUGAUUUAAAAGAAAAUGUUGUUCAUCAGACCAGACCAUCUUCUGCAAUUACUCUGUGGUCUAGUUCUGAUGCUCACGUGCACAUUGUUGGCAAUUUUGGUGGUACACAGGGGUCAGCAUGGGCUCCCUGACUGGUCUGUGGCUAUGCAACCCCAUUGCAGACCAGGAACACCCCACAAGAGCUGCAGUUUUGGAGACGCUCUGAUCCAGUCAUCUAGCCAUCAUAAUUUGGCCCUUGGUCAAACUCACUCAAAUCCUUACUCUUGCCCAUUUUGCCUAAUAUAUCCCACCCAGUAACAGUGGCCAUGAUAAUGAGAUAAUCAGUAUGACUUCACUUGGCAGUGGUCAUAAUGUAUUGGCUGAAUGGUGUAUUAUAAUAAUAAUAACAGUAAUGACAACAACAACAAUGCUACUACUAAUACUAACACUACUACUACUAAUAAUAAUAAUAAUAGGUUGUUCAGAUUUUCUUUUUUGCUUAUUUGCAGAUGGCUAACUGGCACCGUGUGCUGUGACCGUGGCACCCAGUCAUGGAUGUACGCACACCCAGAUUGUCACUUAUCUUUGUUCUAUUGGCAGUAGUAGGAUUUAUACUACUCAUUAGCAACAUCACAUAUCUGGAGGAUUUUAAUGAUCAACUAACAUCCACCUUCUACAAAAUACAGAGCAGUAUCCACUCAGCCUAUGAGCCUCCCGAUAAUGUGUUGCUGGCGGAGGUAAAUUACACGUACUGUGCACAAUUUGUCCAAAAGCCCACGGCAGAAGAGGCCAUAGAAGAGAGACAUUUGUUCAAUUCCAUUGCAUGGCCAGAUCCACCAGUGAAAGACCUUCCUGUGGAGUUCAGCAGUAACCCUGCCAAGAGCUACUAUGUGAUUCAAGGUGAACCAGAGCAACACAUAGGUGGUCAGCUUGUGGUUAAUGUCCAUGUGCACAACUUCUUGGGCCUACCUAAGAGGCAUGGAGGAGAUUUCCUGACAGCCAGGCUGCAUUCACCCAAGCUAGGUGCUGGAGUUGUAGGGAAGGUGCAUGACCACAAUGAUGGGAACUAUACAGUGCUGUUCCCACUGCUGUGGGCUGGUGAAGUGCAAGUAGAAAUUACUAUGGUGCAUCCUAGUGAGGCAGUGGUGGUGCUUAAGAGAUUACGAAAGGAGCAAACUCACACAGUGAUUUUUAAAAGCCAGUUCCGCUCUGGUGACCUAUCAGAGACCACUGAGUGUGACAUGUGUCUUCCGCACAACCAGAAACCUCUCUGUAAUUACACUGAUCUUGAAACUGGAGAGCCCUGGUACUGCUACAAACCCAAAAAACUAGGCUGUGACACACGAAUAAAUCAUUAUAAAGAGGGUUAUAGGAAGACCCUCUUAAACAAGAAUGAAGCACAGCUUUUCAAGAGUGGUGUAAACAUCAAAGUGUCUAUACCCACAGCAAAGAUGGACCAUGUGACUGUAUUACCUGCAGAAAAUGAUCAAACCAAAGUAAGAAGUACUUACAAUGCUGCUGGCUACUACUUUCAAGAUACCUGGAGGUCUCUGAGUGGUUCAGCCAUCCAGCAUUUUACUAGCUCAUCAGCCAUAACAAGUUGUCUUAAAGGGAAGCUUGUGUACAUGCAUGGAGAUUCAACAAUACGCCAGUGGUUUGAGUACCUUGCUGAUUUUGUUCCUAACCUGAAACCGAUGAAUCUUUACAGCCUUAUUAAAGUAGGACCAUUCAUGCUUGUGGAUGACACUAACAAUAUUCUAGUGAAGUUUCGCUGCCAUGGGACGCCCAUCCGCUCCACCCCAGUGUACACCUCUGAACUGCGCUAUGUAGCAAAUGAGAUAGACAGGAUACAGGGUGGGCCAAACACUGUGUUUAUUAUAAGUGUGUGGGCUCACUUUGCCACUUACCCAAUUGAAGCAUAUAUAAGGCGACUACGGCAAAUUCGGAAGGCUGUGGUGCGGCUGUUAAACCGUGAGCCAGAUACGUUGGUGGUGAUCCGCACUCCCAACAUGCAGAAGUUUGAUCCAGCACAUAGCCUGUUCUAUAGCAACUGGUUCUGUCUGCAGAUUGAUACUGUGCUGCGUGGAAUGUUCAAAGGACUCAAUGUGAAGUUUCUGGAUGCCUGGGAAAUGAUGCUGGCCCACCACCUACCCCAAGACCUACACCCACCCCAACUCAUUAUUAAAAACAUGGUUGAUGUCAUCCUCUCCUAUAUCUGCCCAGCUGGGAAAACAUAAAAUGGUGUACAAAACUUUUGUGUUUAUUAAUAUGUUAGUAAUAUAGCUGUGUGAAAUUCUGUAAUAAUGGUUCUGCAAAUAACUUUCAAAAGUUGAUAAAACAUGGUAAUGUAAUUUAAAGUCAGACAUUUGAAUGCCUACAUUUAAUAUGAGUAUUCUGUAAGCAAAAUGAGAGAGGAGUGUAAUUAUGAAACUGUUUCAAACUGUUUAAUGUUUUGCAAUAAUGAAUUUACAAAAGACACUUUUGGUAUGAACAAGUUAUUUGAUAAGAAUGAUCAAAUGCAUGAAAUGAAUGAUCAAAAGUAUUUAAAUAAAUGAUUCUGACAAAAGAUCA